AUGCGCAUUGCACAGCUAACUCAGGCAUUCAACCCGUUACUUCUGGUCCUUGUACUACUCCAGCACAUCACAAUCGCGGCAGUUGAAGUCCAUCAGCUGAACCCGAGUAUGCUGCGGCAUCAUCCUUCGCACUUGAGCGGAAUGGAUCAGUCGGAUGACUCUGGAGACGAUGGCUGCGACUCUGAUAGCAAUGCAGGACGAGCAGGGGGAGUAGGAGCAGGAGACGGCAACUGCGACAUGAUUAAUCGAAACAGCGCCAAGCAAACCGCCACAAACAUAGCCCAAAAGGCAGCCCAGGAAGCCGAGCAGGCCUAUGGAACGCAACAGUGUGCGGCGGCCGAGGUAGCUCACCAGGUGAAGAUGCAACUGGCGGACAAGGCAUACACGGCAGCCAAGGCUGCUGAAGCGGCACUCUCUGGCAAGCAACAGAUGGUGGAUCAACUGGAGUCGGAACUGUGCGAAUCGGAGACAGCUUUGCAGCAGGAGAGCGCCUCCAUAACAAACAGCCAAAACAAUCUCAAUGCCGCCUGCCAGUCGGCCAAGCAAGCGCUCAAGUUGCUCCAUGCUCUGCAGAGCAUCAUCAAGAUUGCCCACGAGAAUCUGGCCAAUGCGAAAAACGCUGCCGCCGGUGCACAGCAACAGCUCGCUGAGAAGGCUCAGCUUAUAGAGACAGCCCAACAUCGCAUCGAGACACUCAAACGACUGCUUAAAGCAGCUCGCAAAGAUCUCGAGAACAUCAAGAGAUCAGCCUGCCAAGUGUUGAUUACUCAAUUGCCGGCAGCAAAAGUACGAUAUAAGCUAAAGCUGAAGCUGAAACUAAAGCAGCAAAAGCAGCACUUAAACCAACUAUCGUACAACCAGAAGAACUACUAA